UUUCACGUUACUGCAAAGUCUUGGUCUCCGCCAUUUACAACUUAAAAAUUAAAAUACAAGAGAACUUCCUCUACUUUUCUCACAAGUCACAAAGCAAGACUCGGUUCUGAUCUUCGAAAAGGAUUUCUGCAGUUUCAAGGGAAAAUUGAUUAUGGGGAGACCGAAAAAUCCCAUCUGGAAUCAAGUUACUAUAAUAGCAGAGAGUGAGAAGGAGAGGAAGUGGUUGUGCAAUCGCUGUCGCAAGCAAUAUGCAGGAGGCGCUACAAGAAUUAAUGAGCAUCUGGGAAUUACAAAAGGGAAGGGGAAUAUCACUUUAUGUCCUCGUCGUCACGACCUUCUUGCUAAUGAAGGAGUAAACAAUUCUAUGUUGCCUGGUUCAAGUAAUCAAAUGGAAGCUCCAAAUGAAUUUGGUUUAAACAAUGGUGUGUUGCCUGCUUCAAGUAAUCAAUUGGAAGAUUCAAAUGGAUUGGAUUCAUUAACAGGGUUUGAACUUGCGGAUCCUAUGAAUUCCUACCAUGAAAAGGCUGAAGGUCAUCGUAAUAUGAUAUCUGCUUGCUUUGACGGUCCAAUAGAUCAAAAUGAUGUGGCCGGACCCAGCAAUAUGGUGGAAGGUUUGCCACAUUCAGAUGAGGUUCUGGAAGGUGGUAGCAGUGGUUUUGAAACUGACAUUGAAGAUGAGGUUCUGGAAAGUGGUAGCAGUGGUUUUGAAACUGACAUUGAAGAUGAGGUUCUGGAAGAACUACGUGAAUUGGUUGAUGAAUUAACCGGCUGGGAAGAAGAAGUUAAAGAAGAACUGCAGUGGCUGGAGUAUUGUGGUAAGAAGAAGCGUGAAAGGGAAGAAGCCGAUGAUUGGUUAAAGAAAGCGGAAGACUUUAAAAAAGAAGCUCGUGGCAUAAUUGACUCGUUCCCUCGGGAUGCUUUGCAAGACCUUCAAAUGAAAACAGAUAACUUACGCUGCAGAUUGAACUUGCUGGAGAAUGCGACACCUGUCUGCUGUGAUGAUGAUAUUCAUAUGGACGCAUAUUUCACAAAGAUGCGAAAACUUCUAAGGAAUGACAAUGUCUUCUUCAUCAGUGUAUGUGGAAUGGGAGGAGUGGGAAAAACGUGGCUAGUAACUCACUUUAGGAAUCAAAUAAGACGGAAUAAGAGUUUUAAUUUUGAGAAUGUAUUUUGGGUCACAGUAUCCCAAGAUUUUAGCAUUCUUAAAUUGCAAAACUCCAUUGCCAAAAGGAUAGGUGAAAAGCUUGAUGAUGAUGAUGAGAUAACCGACAGGGCAGAAAUUCUGUCAUCUGCACUGGAAAAGAUAGAUAGAUCAGUGCUUAUCUUGGAUGAUGUUUGGAAUUAUAUUGAUCUGCAGAAGAUAGGAAUUCCGCUCAGAAUAAAUGGGAUCAAAUUGAUUCUAACAAGUCGUCUGAAACAUGUGUUCAGACAAAUGGAUUGCCCGACAAGUAAUGUAAUAGAAAUGGAACCUUUAUCGGUGGAAGAACAAGAAUGGGAAUUAUUUUUGCUAAACCUAGGAUGUGAUGGAAGGCCUGCAAGCCUUUCCGGUGAAGUGGAAAAUACUGUAAAAUCUGUUGUAAAGAUGUGUGAGGGCUUGCCACUUGGAAUUACCGUGAUGGCAAGAUUGAUGAAAGGGGUAAAUGAUGACAUCAAUAUAUGGAAACAUGCACUAAGCAAACUUGAAGAUUCAUCAAUGGGAGAAGACAUGGAAGAAGAGGUUAUAAAGGUAUUAAAACGAAGCUAUGACCAGCUGGCAGACAAGACUAUUCAAAAUUGUUUCUUGCAACAUGCAUUAUACAGUGAGGUUUCAGAUGAGGUGUUUAUUAUGAAUCUCGUUGAUGAAGGGUUAAUACAAUCAACGAGUAGUUUGGAAAAAAUAUUUGUCCAGGGGAAAGCAAUAGUAGCUAAACUCAAUAGCCAUUCAUUGAUAGAUUGUUUGUGGGAUCCUGAUUCCAGUGAUUUGCAUAUGCAUGGCUUAUUGAGGGAGAUGGCAAGUCAUAUUAUGAAGGGAAGGUUCAUGCUGAGAUGUAGGAAAAGGUUAGAUAAUAUCCCUGAGAUGCAGGAGUGGACACCACAGUUGGAGAAAGUUUCAUUGAUGGGCAAUUGUAUAGAAGAAAUUCCAGAGGGCAUAUCACCAGAGUGUCCGCAGUUGUCCACCUUGAAUUUUAGUAUCAAUAUGAUUAGAUAUAUUCCAGAUUGUUUUUUCUACCGCAUUAAAGCUCUGACUCUACUUGAUUUAUCCCACAAUGAAGAGUUAACAUCCUUGCCGAAUUCGUUGUCUAGUUUGAGGUGCCUUAAAUCAUUGUUGCUCAAAGGUUGUCGCUCGUUGGAAUCUGUGCCUCCAUUGGGGAACCUGCAGGAGCUUUCAAGAUUGGUUAUUUCAGGGACAUCAAUUAAGGAAGUACCUGAUGGGUUGGAGGUACUGACCAAGUUGAGAUGGCUUGAUCUAUCUCAAAAUAGAAAACUCGUGUGUGUAGAAUGGUCUGUGAUAUUUGGUUUGACUAACGUGCAAUACCUUAAUCUCGAGAAAACAUCUAUAACAGGAGAAGUAGGAAUUGUGCAUGGCAUGAUGAGUAGGUUGGAAUAUUUUGUAGGCUCUUUUCAGGUAGCUAAGCACUUGGCUGAUUUUGUGGAAAAUAUCCUCAACAGAGAUGGUGGACUCAAAUGUUAUCAUAUCGGUUUCCGAGCUUGGGAUUUGUUUUGGGAACCUGACUUUACUGGGAGGAAAAGGAAGCUCAUAACUGUGGAGGAUUUCGAAGGAUUUGAAUUUUUGCUGCCAAGUGACCUUGACCAAUUGGUUAUAAGAAAUAUUGAACAGUGGAGCGGAGACUUAUGUGGAGCUUUCUCAUUCAAAGCUCCUUCUUCACUGAGGGAGAUAAUAGUGUGGCGUUGGCCAAAAUUGGAGAGAUUGUGUUGUAUGUCUGGUGACUGUUCCUUCUGCCAACAUCUCCAAAACCUUCAAUCUUUGGAGCUAUAUAAAUUGGAAAGACUAGACGCCAUCUGGAGUGAAGAAGACGAAUUCAUAGGUUUGCCCAACUUGAGUCAAUUGAAGAUCUCGUAUUGUGAUAGGAUAGAAAGGUUGAUGGGAGCUGCGGCACUUGCAAAAUUCCCAAAACUAGAGAGUAUAGAAGUGGAUAGUUGUCUGUCAAUGAAAGAGGUAUUUGCAACGGGGAUGAGCGAGGAUGAUCCUGAUCUCACAAUUACGUUCCCCAACUCAUUCAAGCGGUUGCAUUUAUCGGAGCUGCCAGAAUUGGUGAGUGUGUGCGACAGCAUUAUAGUCUCUGAAUCCCCUCCAGACGUUACGGCCUGCUUCUGUCGACAACUAAGACAGUCCCACUUUCGGCACAAGCAAUCUCCUUCAGCUUCUGAGUCUAAUAUUAAAAUACGAAAUUGAUUGAAUGUGUAAUGUCAAUUAGUACCUAUGAACACUACUUUAAUUUGCUUUCUCCAAAAUGCUAUACACUUCCAUUGUCCUAACUUUUUACUUUUUCAUCAAAUAAUCAAUUGCUCGUUUUUUCCGCAAAUACAGCCUUUUUUUUAUUCACUUUGGGAAACGAGAUAUUUUUCUUUUAUUUUUACAGAAAGAGUACUUAACCUACUGGGAUUCAAUCAGAACUAUGGAACCUUUU